CACCAAUCCAGUGCAUUAGUUAUGCCUUUUAUGGUGAAUAGUGAGAGAGUGAAGAUGCCUGAGUAUGGCUAUAUUUUGUUGGUGGCCGGACUUCUCUUGCUCUCCAUAGCUUGGCUUGCAACCGGUGCUGAUGCUGCAUGGCUUCCUGGCCAUGCAACAUUUUAUGGCGAUAUGACAGGCCGAGAAACCAUGCAGGGUGCUUGCGGCUAUGGUGAUGUAUUCAAGGAGGGGUAUGGCCUAGAAACAGCGGCAUUGAGCACUGCCCUCUUCAAUAAUGGCCAAACUUGUGGAGCCUGCUUUGAGAUCAUGUGUGACCCAGUUGACUCGAAGUCGUGCUUGCCCGGAACCAUCAAAAUCACUGCUACCAACUUCUGCCCUCCAAACUACAGCUUGCCUCCUCAUCAGCACUGGUGUAACCCACCACUACAUCAUUUUGAUCUCUCAAUGCCCAUGUUUGUGAAGAUUGCUUCCGAUUAUAAGGUUGGCAUUGUCCCGGUCCGUUAUCGAAGGGUAUCGUGCAUUAAGACCGGAGGCAUGAAAUUCGAGAUGAACGGAAAAGCAUAUUGGAUAUCGGUGCUCAUUUACAAUGUUGCCGGUGCCGGAGAUAUUGUAGAUGUGAAGGUAAAGGGAUCCAACACUGGAUGGGAACAAAUGAAUAGACUUUGGGGCCAAAACUGGUUAACAGGUAGGAGGCUUGAAGGACAGAGCUUGUCAUUCCAAGUGACUACUAGUGAUGGUAGGAUGGUGCAAUCUAACAAUGUUGCACCAGCUAAUUGGCAAUUUUAUCAGACCUUUGAAGGAAAACAGUUUUGAGACCAUUGAAGGAAAUUCAUGUACCUCUCAUUAACCUUGAUUAGGAAAGAGUGGAUGCGUUAAUUUGAUGGGUUUCAAAAAGGAAUUGAAGAAUGCAUUGUAUUUGUAUGAAGUAAUCAUUCAAUAAAGACUAUUUGACUGAUA